UUUUCUGCCCUGAGCAUCAGCGUCCGGCGGGCGAGCUGCAUCGAAAAGCUCCGCCGAGGUUCGUCGUACCUCUGGCAGCGCUGAAGGGAACUGGCGCAACCGGUGAGCUCUGGGGAAUGUGCCGGGAAAUCGGUCGUGGAGCAGGAAGAUUUGACAGGGACGAGAGAUUGGAACGCUGAGGAACCCUAAGGCGGACUGGGACUGAGGCAGAGCGAGCGAGAGAGCGCGAGGGGCCAGUGCACUGACUGUCCUUGCCAAAGCUUUCCAAAGGACUCCGAAAGCACGGCCGAAAUGGCGAUUGCGAUGGGCCUCCGGCACGUCUGCAAGCUGACAGUUUUCUGCGCGAUCGUCUUAGCCGCGUCUGCGAUCAGUGCCCCGAAAGCUGCUAGUAGCUAUGUCGUCGAAGGGCGAGUGAAAGUGGAAGGCACGACAACGAAAUUGCCGUUGAGCAAGACAGCAAACAUCAAGGUGGUGCUAAAUGGUGGAGAACAACUGACGUUUAUCCGACCUGACGGCUACUUUGCUUUCCAGGGUGUGACAGCUGGUACUCAUCUUCUCGAAGUGGUGGCCAUGGGCUAUUACUUUUCUCCGGUUCGAGUAGAUGUAAGCGCAAGGCUUCACGGGCAAGUGAGAGCUAUUGCAGUAGAGACUCGCAGAACUCUGCCCGAUGCUUUAGUGCUCGAACCUCUGAGAGAGGAGUUCUACUAUGAGAGACGAGAGCCUUUCUCUGUCGUGGGUCUCCUGAAAAGUCCGAUGGGUUUGAUGGUGGGCUUCAUGCUGGUAGCGGUCUUCCUCUUGCCUAAGUUGAUGGAUAGUAUCGAUCCCGAAGAGAUGAAGAGAGUGCAAGAAGAGAUGCGGAAUCAGCCUGCUCCAUCUUUCUCGAAUUUGUUGCAAGGAAGAAGUACUUGAUCAACGUACUCUUUGUGGAAAAAACGUCGCUGCAUAUGCCUAUCUUUUGAAGAGUUCAAUGUUCCGCUAUGUCAGAACUGAGGGAUCAAAGCAUUACAACUUUGCGGUUCGAGGAUAGACUUGCAAAUGUCAGGUACAGGAAUAACGACGUGUUAGAUAGUGCCCAGCCUACCGAUUUCGUUUUGCAUGUACAAGCUUACAGAAACGUGAUUCUCCGCUGCUCGAAAUUAAAUCAGGGUUUAUAAAGUACAGAGCCCUCCAAUUUGUACUUAUCUCCAAUUUGUGUUUUGGAGUCAUUUGGUCCGAAUUCCGCCAAUGGGAGAAACAUACUUUAGGCACUGGAACCCAGACACUGAGAAACACCUCGAUGGUGUUCUCGAAUGUAACAUUCUUUACUCUUUGGAGAAGAAACAUAUGAAGGCUCGGUUGCCUCAUUUUUUGCG